UAGAUUUGCACGCACCGUAUUGCUGAAAUUCUGCGGUCACUUCUUUGGAUUUACUUGUCAUUCGCUGGAUUUUAAGUGCUGGAGUGAUCUGAACUCUCUAUCGAUAUUUUGGUGGUGUGAUUUGAAGAAAAAAUAAACAGGAGAAAAUACUGACAACACGAUAAAAGUCAGGGCUGCCACAACACAGCUGAACUUGAACUUGCCAUUGAAACCAGCUAUAAACACAAUAUUCUGAGUGAAUAAACGCUCCAUAUUAUUUCAUAUCGCAAAUUAAAAAAAAAGAAGCGGUGGAAUAGGAAACACUACUGAACUUGAUCCUGGCAUUGAAAGUCAUUGUAUACGUAACAGCCUGUUUUUAAUUUUGAAACGAGAUACACAGUUUCGAGACUCAAGUAAAAACGAGGAAUCCAAUAUAACAAAAGCAAUUAAAGCUAUAAAAUGAAAGAGUUUAUGACCGUGUGGAAUGGUCUGUGGGGAAAAACUUAUGAUGCUGUCAAUACCAAGCCUUCUACCUCUACUAGCCAUAGGAAAACUAGGACCACAUUAGAUGGGGCGAAUGAAAAGCUUCGCUGGACUUGGAAUAGAUAUAAAAGUGCCAUAACAAUUGCCUUACUGGGUCUUGGUGGGCUGAUGGUUGGAACUUUCAUUAACGUAGUUAACCCUUACGACCUCAUAUACAGAUGGAAACUCAUAUUUGAAGAAGGUGGUGAGAUCUUUGAACUAUGGAGAAGCCCGCCAGUAGAUCUGUACCUCAGGGUUCAUCUUUGGAACGUAACAAAUAAAGAAGCAUACAUGAGUGGGGAGGACGACAAACUGAAACUUGAGGAGGUUGGGCCAUACGUUUAUAGAGAAUUGAUGAGUCACGAGAACGUUACCUUCAAUGAAAACGGAACCUUAACUGCAGUGCCGGUUCAUCCACUCGUCUGGGUUCCAGAACUAUCUCAAGGAAGAAGAGAAGAUGACUUGCUUGUCUUGCCAAAUAUUGCUUUACUGAGUAUUGCUGAUGUAGUCUCCGAGCAAUCCCUCAUCACGAAAUGGGGUCUGAACGUGAUCAUCAGAAGAACCGACUCACAGCCCUUGGUGCAAAUGACUGCAAAAGAAUUUAUGUUUGGGUAUAGUAACGCGCUCAUGAACCUGGGCAAUACCUUCAUGCCGAACUGGAUAUACUUUGACAAAUUAGGGCUUAUUGACAGAAUGUACGAUUUUGACGGUGACUUCGAAACAGUAUACGAUGGCCAAAAGCUAGGUGUGAAAAACAUCGGUUUGAUAGAAAAAUACCGUGGUUCGACGAAAAUUCCACAAUGGGAAAGCCCUUGCGGCGACGUCACCGGAGCUUCUGAUGGUACCAAGUUUCCUGGAUACAUCCAGCCUAACGAUACUCUUCUCUUCUUCAGAAAGAGCAUGUGCAGGGCAAAGUCACUGAUCAAAGUAAACGAAACGAUCGCAAACGGCCUAAAAGCCUACGUGUACAACUUUGAUCCAGAAUCAGAUGACAACGGCCACAUCCACGAGAGAAACAAGUGCUUCUGCAACAGAGAAAAAUGCAUGCCCAAAGGACUUUUGGAUGUCAGAGGUUGCUACUACGGCUUUCCUAUCGCUUUGAGCUAUCCUCACUUUCUGGACGGUGACCUCCCAGCAUUGACAGCCAACGUGACUGGACCCAAACCUGAUCAUGCCAAGCAUAGGUCGUACUUUGUUAUCCAGCCUGAUUCGGGUCUGCCCAUCGAGCUCUCGGUUAGGUACCAGAUCAACAUGGCACUGGGAAACGUCAAAAGUAUUGCUAACUGUGAGAGAUUCGAAAACAUGGUCUUGCCACUACUUUGGACUGAAAUUAGAAUGGAUAAGCUACCUGAUAACCUUGGAACUAGAUUCAGGCUCUAUCUGAACGUCUUGCCACUCAUGGAACGAUCUCUGAUGUGGGGUUGUUUUGGAAUUGGAAUCAUCCUGGCGUUAUUCGCUAUUUUCAAGUUCGUCAGGAUAAGGACCAACAAAACCAACGUAUUCAACUCACCUUGGAUUCAGGACGAAUUCAUUCACAACAUAGACAGAAAGCUCAGCAGUUACAUGCCUGAGCGAAGGUCUACUUUGAACGAAAAGGAACUUAAGCAGUAUAUCAGUAGUUUAUCACCUUUGAACAAGGAAUAUGUUCAACAGUAGGACUUAUGACUGAAGACUUCAUUGGAGAGCAUUAUUUCAGUAUAAGGAAACGCCAAAAUGUAUCAAAUUGCAGAUUAACUUGACUUAUUCUGGCGUUUCAUAUACUGCAAUAAAUGAAGCGUUUUAGGACUAAUUUUGUAGAUAAACAUUGCACGCCAGAUAUCAUUUCUUGCCACAACCAAUAAGGCUACCAUCCUGCACAAAUCCUCCAAUAGUCAAAGAUUACUGACAUCAAAAACUUUUCUCUGAUUAUGUCACAAAAUGGCUUAAAUUUUCACAUGGACUAUCAACUAGGAACAGACAGCUGCUAUAAACAUUAUUUACAUAUUUGUAUAUUAUAGUAUCUGAAUCACCAGUGUUUGUUUAAAGUGUAGUCAUAUUGAAUAUGAUCAUGUGUCGGGCAUUCAACAAUCGAAUGUAAUGUUCUUUAUAAUAAAAUUUCUGACUCUGUCAUUAAUGCUGGACUGAAGGUUAAGCAGCGGUUUACAACAAUUUGUUUGAGACAUUGUAUUAUGGUAUUAUAUUGUGCAGGAUAGGAAGCUUUUAGAGAUCGACAUGGUCUUAUACAGUUCCUAGAAAAUGGGAUACAUGCAAUAUGAUGAUAUACGAUAAAAGACGUAAUUCUUAGACUAAUGUACAAAUUUUCUAAUAUUUUAGUAACGCUAUUUUAAAAAGGGGUAAAUGUUAAAAAAUGUCCUUCAGAACAUUUUCAAAAUGGGGUCAAUUGGUAUUUUAGUUCCACACCUAUUUAUUGCUCAAUAUUAUACGUUUAUUUUUGCUUUGGAUGUCUCCAAAUCAUACUAUGCUGAUCAGAUGACGUACAAUAUGAAAUGUCCGAUCUCUUUUGAAGGCAUGGAUUACAUGGAUAUGAUAAAAAACUAAAAAUAUGUUCACAUCAAAAAUAAUCCUGAAUUUUAGACUUUGGUUAUAAUCGUUUAUUUCGAUGGGUAAAUCCUGUGAAUUAAUAUGAGGGUGAACAUAUUAACUUCCGAAAACUUUUUUGAUUACUUUUCCCAUUAUUCAAAUAGUAUACCUAUGUAUACUUACCUUCUUAUAAUGAUCAGUGACAACUAUCUAUCAGGAGCAUCCCUUAGAUUUAUGUCUAGUAUAAGCAGUAGUAUUUUAAAAAAUUACUUGCAAAAUACUCUUGUGCAAACCAUAUAGUCAGGUACCAUAACGGAGGAGUAACAUAACACGGAGUGCACCACUGAUGCUAGAACGACGUCCCUCUGAAUACAGCCCGAUCAGCGCGCACCGACUUUGCCCAUACAAAGGGACGCUGUCUCUUCCGUUUUGGUAGCCAAGUAUAGUAAUGUGGUAAAAUAAUAGAGAUUUUGUGAUAAUUGUGAUAAUUCUCUUCGUGUAGCACGUUUUAGUGUUACCACUGGACCAAUAUAGGCGAGCCAUAUGCCGACUUUUUCGAAAAAGAUUACAGAAUUUGCAUACUUUGUUAUAUGUAUACCUUCUACAAUAAGAUUCAACAGUUAUUUGUCUUUUUCGAAAUUUUGAUGUCUUAACUUAGUUUGUCCACUUCCUAUAAGAUGACCAAAUAUCUCUUAUCAUAGGUAUCAUAAAACGUAUGAUUCGACAAAUCCAAACCGUCAAUCUACAAUCCAACUGCAUAAAAUAUGAUAUUUUUAGAGAAAGUGGCAUAGUCUUACCGAUUUCUUGUGAAUAUGUGAUAGUAACUUGUAACUAUAGAGAUUGUAAGUAGGUUUUAUUUCCUACAAAUAUAUAUGAAAAAAGUUAACGUUAAUAGAUUCCGAAAGAUGAAUCUCUAGAAAUAAGUAGGCUUGACAGAAUUAUAUAGUCUUAAUAGAGAUUGCUUUAAUACUAUGGACAUUCCUUGACUUGCUUCUCCUACUGAUUCUGCGGCAUUAUCGUAAAAAAUAGCAUCUGCGAGGUUUUCAUUUGUAUCCAAAAUUCUCAAAACUUAAUGGUGAUAAUAAUUUAGGUAAAUUUGACUAGUCGUUCAAUUUAAAACACUCUGAAUUUCGCAGAUUGCUUUCUUUUAGCGGAAUAACAGCUCAAUCAAAUAUGGAUGAACACAGCAAGAGAUACAAUACCUACAAGAAUACGGAGAUCACUCUGAGGAACGGCAUGCAAAAUAUCCCUCAUACACACUGUUUCAUCAGGGUGAUCAAAACCGUCACAUAUUCAUUUUUUUGAUGUGUUCAGCGACAUUUUAUUGAGCAAAAAAAUAGAAAACUCUUUAUUACAUAUCCAGAGUUUUUCCAAUUUUACUUAGUACUCAAUCUGACGAUGCCUUUACUUUGCCAGUUUUCUUACCUCGGAUACAGAAAUGUUCAAUCCAGAAUUAGGUUUACGAAUUUUAGGUUAGAUUUUUAUUUAUGCUCGUUUUUUUUAUUGUGUUAAAUAGACGUAUUUUUAAAUAAA